AUGCCGUCUGAACUCGCCGGUCAGUUCUCGGAGGAACAGUUGGCUACAGCAAGAGCGGUGAUGGCCGCGUUGUCGGCCUUGAAGCCAGCAAGAAAGGCAAACACAGAACCUGUACCCAGGACAGUCAUACACCAGACUGCAGAAACACCAGUCGGCGAAAAACGGAAGAGAUUGCCGAUAAGAAACCUAUUCGGAGAACAGAUCCUAGUGCAACAAGAACAACACCCAAAUACAAACCAGGCGAUUGCUCUGCGCAGUCGGCCGGAACCCAUGGUCAUCGAAGAGACAAGAGAAGCACCCCAGAGAUACGCGUCGCGCCGUUACACCAUCCAACCUGCAAACUCCCCCCUGUGCGCGGGCAUUCUGGAGGAACCAAUGGAGAAAUUGAAGUUCCCACUCUGCAAGUACGACGGAUCCACAGAUCCGGAGGUCCACUGCAACACAUUUGAGCAACAUAUGAUGUUGUAUACAGAUUCCGACGCCAUUUGGUGCAAGAUAUUUCCCUCAACGCUGCUGGGAGUGGCAUCCGGCUGGUAUAAGGGACUACCAAAGGGGUCGGUAUAUAAUUACCGACAGUUAGAAACAGAGUUCAUGCUACGGUUCAUCAGCCGGCAGCAGAGAAAGAAAACGUCGGGAGAGCUGAUGGCAGUCACCCAGAGAAGCGGAGAAUCCUUAAGAGAUUACCUCACCAGAUUCAACAACGAGUCCACCAGCAUACCAAACUUGCAGCAAGAGAUAGCUGUGGUGGCCCUGAUGAGAGGAAUGAACCACUGCGAGUUCAAAAAAUACUUGGGAAGAAAAUCCUUCACCGAUUUGGGAAGCGCACUGAUAAAGGCCCACGAAUACAUCAAAAGCGACGAGCUGAUGACAAUCCCAAAUCACUAUCAGUCGGCACAGACCAGAAAUGCCGCACCAAGGCCGGUUCAGCCGGCGCAGCAGAAUCAGAACAGGGGGUUCAGAAAGGAUGAACAGAGGAAAGACCCAAGAGGGAGGGAUUACCAGAAACAAUCAACCAGCAUAUACCCCACAUUCCAUGAAUACACUCCAUUGAACGCCCCAAGAGCCGCAAUUUACAAUGUCAACAAGAACGAAAACUGGAAGAGGCCUCCACCAAUGAGCGACAAACCCCGACCACAGUCGAAGUACUGCGCAUUCCAUGAUGACUGUGGACACUAUACGGAAAACUGCAGAGAUUUGAAGGAUAACAUCGAGGAUAUGAUCAGGAGAGGCUAUCUGACACAAUAUAAAGCCCGACAGAACAACAACAACCAACAGAAUAGCAAUUGGCAAAGCAAUAACACGAACAACAGAUUACCAUCCACCCAAACACCGCUCCGAAUAGAGCAGAAAGCACCAGAAACCAGUCGGAAUGGGGAGGCUAGAAACAGUGGCCAGAAGGGGCCGACAGUAUGGGUCAUAUCUGGAGGACCGUGCCAUGGAGGAACAAUCAGUGGAGCCGGCAGAAGUCUGGGCGAACACCGCCACCUGGUAAACUACCACAGCACCAUAAAAUGGCCGGCAACCCAAGUCAUGCCAAAUAUUUCAUUCACCCCAGACGACUGUCGCGGAAUUAUAUACCCUCACGACGAUCCACUGGUUUUGGGCCUCGAAAUAGCAAACUUCCCAGUGAAACGAAUACUGGUGGAUGGAGGGAGUUCAGCGAACAUUAUCUUUUGGGAAGCCUUCGUUCAGCUGAAAAUAGACGAGAAAGAACUCACACGAGUCAACUAUCCUGUGAUAGGAUUCUCCGGAGCCACAGUCUUCCCGGAAGGUAGCAUCAGGCUACCAGUGCAGAUUGGAGAAGGUAGAGCCGCAAGGGACCUAAUGGUAGACUUCUUAGUAAUCAAAGUGCCUGCUGCAUACAACGUAAUAGUGGGCCGGCCAUUCAUCCACGAUGCACAAGCAGUGGUAUCAACAUACCAUCUAACUAUGAUAUACAUGUCUAACUUUGAGAAGGCUGAAAGAAUCCGAGGCAGUCAAGAUUCAGCAAGAUCAUGCUACUUGACGGCAUUAAAAACACCAGGCCGACUGACCCCAUCCAGGAAUAUAGCAAGAGAGGCAGCAACGAAAAGACCGGCAAAGGGUCAAGCCCCAAGAUUGGGGGGCGAGUCAUCUCUUUUGCCCAAGAAGGAGAAAAGGCAGAAAAUGGAGUCACCCACAAUCGAAGGCAUCGAAAAGGGGACUUCUCUACCUAGGGUAGAGGCCGGAGGAAGGUCAGAAGAAGUCGAGCUGGUAGAAGGAGAAACUGGCAGAACAGUAAAAUUAGGAACCGACAUUGACCCCCAGUUGCGGGUAAACAUGAUCGGUCUGUUGAGAGAACAUGCGGAUGUGUUCGCAUUUUCCGCAGAUGAAAUGCCCGGUAUAAGCUCGGAGGUAAUCGAGCACCGACUGAAUGUCGACAGAGCAGUCAGGCCGGUAAAGCAAAAGAAAAGAAACUUCUCAACAGAAAAAAAAUCAAGCAAUACAGGAAGAGGUAGAAAAGUUGUUGGCAGCAGGAUUUAUUGA